AUGGCGAGAACAGAUACGAAGCAGACGUAUGCACCUGAAAAGAAAGAAAGAAAAAAACUUGUUUCUGUAGAUAUGCAAUUAACAAUUAUUACAUCUCCAUCUCCAAAUAUCCUGAUCGCCGGCAGGAACGCCGCCACCAUAUUCGUGGGUAGGGUAAGGAUCGAAGGCGGUACCUAUGUGCUCUAUAGACAAAUCCUUCUUCCUUUCCAGCGUGUUCCCAUCCAUCCCAUUCCCCCUCCCAGCGGACCUAACCCAACAAACGGAUAA